UAUCCCCUAGCAGGUAGUAUAUAAUUUCCCUUGACAUUGGGCUUUACUUUCCCUUCUCACUGGUAAUUCAUAUAAUGACAUCCUCCUCCAGCCAUGUAGGCUUCGUCCUUGUAAAUUCCCAAUCAUUUGUACUACUCUAAAAUCCCAACUUUGCAUUUGCUUUUCCAGAAUCUGCCCAGAGUUUAUUCGUUCGAUUCCAACGCCAACACCUUAUUCUUUCAUGUAAUUCGUCGCUUUCACUGGUUUGUGAUGGCAAGUACUUCCAGCCAACAAUUCCAUUCAAAUGGAAAUUAUAGGCGUUGGCUGGAUGAAACUUUUGAUGGCCCAGAAACAACAGAAGAUGAGCUAUCAGAUAAUCUGGAUGGAAAUGAUAACAUAGUUCAGCCAUCUGUUCAAAAUUUUCCUAUAGCUUUGGAACCAUUUAUAGGAAUGGAGUUUGACUCAGCAGAGGAUGCCAGGGAAUUCUACGAGAUGUAUGGCAGGCGUAUGGGGUUUACCAUACGGAACAAUCGUACACGUCGGUCACUUAAAGAUAACUCAAUAAUUGGUCGAGAGUUUGUUUGCUCAAAAGAAGGGUUUCGUGCAGGGAAAUGUACAAAGAAAGAAAAUGGAGUUUUUUCCUCACGGCCUGCCACUAGGGAGGGAUGCAAUGCAAUGUUAAGGAUAGCUGCAAAGGAUGGAGGAAAAUGGGUUAUUUAUGGUUUUGUCAAAGAACACAGCCAUGAGCUGAAUCCUAGCAAAAUACCACCUCGACGAUCACAUAGGAUUGCAUUCAAUGAGGAUGGGAAAGAUCUAAAAAUCCGGGAGCUAUCCACAGAAUUGCAUCGUGAGAAAAAGAAAUCAGCUGCUUAUCAAGAACAGCUACAGAUAGUCUUGAAAUAUAUCGAGGAGCAUACACAAAGGCUAUCACUUAAGAUUGAAGCAGUAUCUAACAAUGUGAGAGAAAUUGAAUGUGAAGAGCCUGACAACUCAGAUUCUAACUAGAAUAUUUUGAAACUAGAAUACAUUGAACGUUUUUUCCACUACCAUUCA